AGGCCUGGGUUGUGGUGAAGUGUCUUCCAGGCAGGCUGCGGUUUGGCGAGAUUGGCUAUAAGGUGACUUGUUUUUCGUCAUUGGGAGAAAGCAAGUUGGAGGUGUGUUCACAAUGACCACAGUCGCAGAGCGAAAGUUCAUUAAUCUCAGGAAGCGUCUCGAUCAGCUGGGCUAUCGGCAGCCGCUGGGAGUGGAGAGUUUGCCUCUGGUGGAAAAGCUUUUUAGUGACCUUGUCCAUACAACAGAGAGCCUGCGCAGUGCAAAGUUGUCUGCUGGAAAGAUUGAAAAAGAAUUCAGCAACUAUGAUGCUAUUUUGGAACCUUAUAAAACAGAGAAUGCGAGGCUUACCAGAGAAAAUAAUGAACUACACUUAGAAAUACUGAAACUCAAAGAGCAAUCUGAUCGUCGUAUUAAAGAUUUGAAAGUAACUCUAAGGAGAGUUGACCAUGAAACAGCUGACCUCAAAUUUCUAAAUAACCAAUAUAUACAUAAAAUUAAAAUGUUGGAAAAAGAAAAUAAAGCCAAGACUGAAAAAAUUCAGCAGCUUCAGGAGAAGAAUCUGCAAGCAGUGGUACAAACACCAGGUGGCAAGAAAAGAAGCAUUCCAUUCAGGCGCCAGCGCAUGCAGAUAGACCAGCCAGUUCCCCCGUCAGGUGUUAGGGCCUAUCCGGUUCCUCAGCCCGAGGACCCGUAUAUUGCAGACCUCCUUCAGGUGGCCGAUAACCGAAUUCAUGAACUUCAGUCAGAAGUCACAGAACUACAGGAAAAAUUGGAGAUAUCUGAACGAGGAAUGAAAAAUUAUAGCAAACAGGUUGAGCUAAGAGAUAAAGAAAUAGAGCGUCUAGUGCUAGCACUGGAUGGCGGUCGCUCUCAUGAUGUUAUAUCUCUGGAAUCAAGGAGUAAAAGUAAUGAGAAGCUUAUUGCCCACUUAAAUUUACAGGUUGAGUAUCUUCAGCAAACAAACAAAGAACUUGAAAAUCGCAUUCAAGAUCUGUUGGAUACUAAACAAAAUGUGACUAGUGAAGUAGUGCAAUUAAGCAAUAAAAAUGAAGAACUGUGUCAAGAACUAAAUGAAAUAGACCAUUUGGCACAAGAGUUGGAAAGACACAAGGAAAUUGUGCURGAGACAGCAGAUAAGGAAAUAGGAGAAGCAAAGAAAGAAAUUGAAAGAAAACACAGUGAAAUACAGGAUCUUGAAGAAACAAUAGCAAAACUUAAGUCAGAGCUGUGUUCAUGUCGUAGAGAGAAAGAGAGAYUGAGCGAAGAACUCUUUGGGAAAUCAGAUGACAGAGAGAAUCUUGAGCUGUUGUUAAACCAGCUUGAACAAGAGAAACGAAGACUGUCUGAAAAAGUAGAGAGCUUAGAAAGAAAAGAACGAGAACUUGUCCUAGAAAUAGAAAGAAUGAGACUAGGGUAUGGCAUUGCCCUAGGAGACAAAUCUCCAUCUCGUCUUGAUGCGUUUGUAAAGACUUUAGAAGACGAUAGAGAUUAUUAUAAGCGAGAACUCGAAUAUCUUCAGAAAAUGAUAAAACGAAGGCCCAGCCCAAGCCGUAGGACUCCAGAAAAGAAUGAGGAUCUUAGGCUGGUCACCAGAGAAAGAGACGAGCUACAGUCCAUGUUAGACAGAUUUGAAAAACACAUGAUAGAAAUUCAAUCAAAUGUGAAAUUAUUGACUGCAGAAAGAGACAGAUUAAAUGUUCUUUGUGAGCAGUCUCAAGCUGAAUUAAACAGGUUAAGAAGAGAAGCAAAGCAUAAUUUAAUUUCUCAAAGUCAUGUGGAAGAUGAAAGMGACUUUUCAGUGACUGAGUUCAGAAGACUAAUGGCAGAAAAAGAAAGCUUAAGAGAAAAAUUAAAGAUUCAACAGGAAGCAGCUAACCUUGAGAAAUCAAAAAUGGAGCAUGAUAUUGCAGAAAUGGAAAAUAAUAUUCAAGGAUUUGAGAUGGAAAGAUGUGAACUGAAGGCUACAAUCUCUAUCUUGAAAGAAAGAAUAAAUUCUUUGGAAAAUGAAUUAAAAAUGAAGUCCAGUAAACUUGCCCAGACAUCAGAUGACUCUUCUCAGUUUAAAACUGAGCUUUGUUCACUUCAGCUCUUAAAUGAACAACUCCAGAGGUCUGUUGAAGAUUUACAGCACCGGUUGUCUCUCAAAAAGGAUGAACUGCAGUCAGCUCAAGAAGAAAUUGUAAAGCUGGAGGAAAAAAUAGAUAGGUUAAACCAGAGGAGCACCUCCCAGGAUGAGACAGUCAAUGUGCUUAGAACUACUAUUACUGUAUUGGAUAAGGAAAAGGACAAUCUUCAAGAAACUGUAGAUGAAAAAACUGAAAGAAUUGCAUGCUUAGAUGACAACUUAGCUAAUAAGGAAAAAACAAUUACUCAUUUGCGGCUAACUCUGUCGGAGUUGGARUCCUCAACAGACCAGCUCAAGGACAUGCUGAGCAACAGGGACCGUGAGAUGACGAGUCUGCAUCGCCAGCUUGAUGCAUCCCACAUGGAGCUUGCUGAAAUGGGACGAGUAAAGGAAAUUGCUUUGAGAGAAAACAGGCGCUUGCAAGAUGACUUGGCUACAAUGACCAGAGAAAACCAGGCUGUCAGUACAGAACUGGAAGAUGCAAUACGUGAAAAAGAAGAGAUGAAGACUAGAGUUCAUAAUUACAUCACUGAAGUGUCCAGAUUUGAAAGCUUGAUGGCAUCAAAGGAAAAAGAAAAUCAAGAUUUGUUAGAGAAGUUCCGAAUGCUCCAUUCRCAAGCUGAAGACUGGGAAAUCAAGGCUCAUCAAGCUGAAGGAGAAAGCAGCUCAAUACGGCUGGAACUCCUUUCUGUAGAUACAGACCGCAGGCAUUUACGCGAGAGAGUAGAGCUUCUGGAAAAAGAGAUACAAGAGCAUAUUGUCGCACAUCAAGCAUAUGAAUCUCAGAUCUCCUCUAUUACAAAAAAUAUGUCCAAACUGGAAGAGGAUCUGAAACGUGAAAAUCAGGAGAAAUCUUCUGUGUUGGCUGAUCUGGCUUCUGUGAGAGAACUGUGYGUGAAGCUCGAGACUGGCAAGGACCAUUUGUCUCGGCAGCUGACAUCCAAAAGCAUGGAUUAUGAAAGGGUUGUAGCUGAGUUAGAAGACAUAAAAUCAGAGACAGAGUUGCUGAAGAAGCAGUUAUCCAGUGAGAGACUCACAAUUCAGAACCUUGAAGCGCUGCUGGCUACUAGUAGAGAUAAAGAAUUUCAGAACCAUUUAACAUCCCAUGAAAAAGAUUCAGAAAUUCAGUUGCUGAAAGACAAGCUAACACUUGCUGAGAGCAAACUAAGCAGUCAUAGCAGAGAGGUUUCCAUGCUUCGAAGUAAAGCUGCGCAGCUGCAGACUGACUAUGAUGUUUUGAAAAGGCAGCUAACGACCGAACGGUUUGAACGGGAGCGCGCGAUCCAGGAGAUGCGUCGACACGGCCUCUCCACGUCGUCGCUCCGCGCAUCAUCGCCUCUCAGCUCCACGUUGAGGUCUCCCGCGCAUUCCCCGGAGCGAGCGGCUGGAAGGACGGCUGAUAGAGCUGUACCUGAAAAAAAUGUGAGUUUCAAGGAAUAACGAGUACUUAAGCUGCAGAAGCAUUACCUUGUUACAAGGACUUAUUUUUGAAAAUUAUGAAGGCUGACAAGUUCUACCUCUGAGUUUUCUCCAGAUCAGUUAUUACCUUUGAAAUUUGUGAAAACCUGUGGAAUAAUCAGCUUUGCAAAAUUCUUCUUUUCCAGUUAUCUGGAUUGUCCAGAUUUUUGCUCACUGUUUGAUCUUUAUGGUUUUGGAUCACAACUUGAUAGGACAGCCUCUUGUUUGCAUUUUAUUAUUUUGUUUGCUUAUCUUGUAUGGUUAAGUUCAUCUUACAGUGUGAACUAAUAUUGGAGAACAUGCUUAUUUAUCUAAAAAAAUGAGCCCAUGUAUAUGUAUAUUAAUGAUGGUUUCCUGUGUGUUUGUUUUUAACAAGUGUUUCUUGUUUACAUAAAGUGUAAGUAAACAUUCACUUUUAAACAACAUGAAGAAUGCCAAUGUUUCGCGAAUUCAUACUGUUUAUUAUGUAUUUUUCUUAAAAAAUGAAUCCAUUAUUUAUAUUUUUUGUUWUGUAAUAAAUUACUCGUCUGCUUUUAAUGUUUUUGUGAAAAUGAACUUUUAAAUAUUUUCC